AUGGCCGACGCUCUGAAGGCAGAUGGCAACAAAGCCUUUGCUGCAAAGAAUUUUGCAGAAGCAAUCGACAAAUUCUCGCAAGCUGUCAAAAUAGAGCCAGAAAAUCACGUGCUCUAUUCUAACAGGUCAGGGGCGUAUGCUUCCAAGAAAGAUUUUCAGAAAGCCUUAGAGGAUGCAAACAAAACAACGGAGAUCAAGCCAGAUUGGGCAAAGGGCUGGGGUCGAAAGGGCGCCGCCCUUCAUGGAACCGGAGAUCUCGUGGGCGCAAAAGACGCCUUCGAUGAAGCUCUCAAACUAGAUCCACCUAAUGCUCAGGCCAAGUCUGGCCUGGCUGCUGUCGAACGAGCAAUUGAAUCAGAGCAGACCGGAGGCUCUGCUGGUGGACUCGGCAAUAUGUUCAAUGACCCUCAAAUCUUCCAAAAACUUGCCGCCAAUCCUAGAACUAGCGGCUUUCUUGCAGAUCCGUCAUUCAUGCAGAGCCUUCAGCAAAUACGGCAGAACCCUAACGACGUAGGCGCUGCUAUGCAAGAUCCACGGAUGUUGCAGGUCAUGGGUGUCCUCAUGGGUAUAGAUAUGAACUUUGCAGGAGGUGGCCAGGAUGGUGGAUUUCCAGACUUGGGAAAAGGUAAGGAAGAUGAGGAAGACGUCUCGAUGCCAGAUCAUCGUCCACAGUCUCCCAAAGGUGCCGCCCCCAAGAAAGCCCCGGAGCCUAAACCUGAACCAGAGCCCGAAGAUGAGGAAGCUUUGGCACAGAAAAAGGCGAAGGACGAGGCUGAAGCUGAGAAGAAGCUUGGUACCGAAAAUUACAAGAAGCGGAACUUCGAUAUUGCGAUCCAACAUUACAACAAAGCUUGGGAAUUGCACAAGGACGUAACCUACUUGACCAACAAGAGCGCUGCUCAAUUUGAAAAGGGUGACUAUCAUGAGGCGAUAGAGACUUGCAAAACAGCGAUCCUAGAAGGCCGAGAAGUAAUGACUGAUUUCAAGAUCAUAGCGAAGGCUUUUGGCAGAAUAGGCAGCGCAUACGAAAAGCUGAAUGACUUAUCGCAAGCCAUAGACAACUAUCAGAGAUCUUUGACGGAACACCGUACACCGGAUAUCCUCAACAAAUUACGGGCUGCCGAAAAGGCGAAGAUCAAAGCGGAGAAGGAAUCUUUGAUCAGCCCCGAGGAGGCUGAGAAAGCAAGAGAAUUGGGUGGCCAGAAGUUCAAAGAAAGCGAUUGGCCAGGCGCGGUCGAAGCGUACACUGAGAUGACCAAGCGCGCACCAGAAGACCCAAGAGGAUACUCAAAUCGUGCAGCAGCUUUGAUUAAACUAAUGACCUUUCCAAGUGCGGUCCAAGACUGUGAUAUUGCAAUUGAGAAGGACCCGAACUUCAUCAGAGCUUACCUGCGGAAAGCGCAGGCCUACUUUGGCAUGAAAGAAUAUAGCAAAUGCGCUGACGUCUGCACCGAAGCUUUGAAGCACGACCAGACCGGCGCCAACACACGCGAGAUCGAGAGUCAGCAACAAAAAGCUUUGGAGGCGCAAUUUGCUGGAAGAUCUGGCGAAACCGAGGAGCAAACAAUGGAACGUAUUCAGAAGGAUCCAGAGAUCAUGAGCAUACUCCAAGAUCCGAUCAUGCAGAGCAUCUUACAACAAGCGAAGGGCGAUCCUGCCGCUCUUCAGGAUCAUAUGAAGAAUCCGGAUGUAAGAACAAAGGUGCAGAAGCUGGUGAUGGCGGGCGUGAUUAAGACUCGUUAA